AUUCGACCGACGUCUUGGUUUAAAGAAUCACGGGGACAAAACUUUUGACGAUGACUUGAUUUCUGCCGACUGACUGGACUGAGCCGCGGUUAUCAGCAGAAUAUUGCGCGUAUAUUGCGGAGCAAAGCGAAAUAAGCGCGAGUGAUUUGCUCCGAUUGUGCAUCGAGAGUUUGUUCGUUAAAUCUCGGGUGACAAAAGGCGGCAUUGAAAAAAAGAGAGACAUAAAACGGAGAUCUCUGUAGAUCUUCCUAGAUUAGUUAGCAGUUUAUCUUACAAAUCGAAUAGUCGGCGACGAUUCUGCUGUUCGGAUCGCAACUUUAUCGGAUUCCUUGAUCCAAGAUGAAGCGACAACAGUCUCAAGAACAGCAAAAGCUACAACAGCAGCAGCAACAGACUAUCGUGCAGGAACAACAACAACAAUACAUCCAGCAACGAACAGAAAGACAAAUUACGCGGCAACAGAUCACCAGUCAGCAGAGAGUUCAAGGGGAGAUCGUAAUGCAAACGACGCCGACGGUACCAGUAUUUACCGGUAAACCCGGCGAUCCCUCACCGGCGAUUUUCGAGCGAAUCUUUAAAAACGCGAGAUUUGCGCAGGGCGGCAAUGCGAUUUUCGAAGGUUGUGUCCGAGGUAAUCCAAAGCCGACAGUUUCUUGGACACACAAAGGAGUGCCGUUGUUAGAAUCGCGAAAAAUUCGAAUGACCUAUGACGAAAAUACUGGAACUGUCACACUCCAGAUUAAUCAGAUCGGUCCAGGGGACGAGGGUGAAUACACAUGCAAUGCAAAAAAUCAAUAUGGCGAAGCAAUUUGUUCGGUUUACAUAAAACCGGAAGGAUUCGGUCCUCCAGCGCAGCAGCUAUCGGAUAGCUAUAAGAAGGAAUUUGCGCAAAGCUUCCAGUCGAGCGAACAGAAAGUACAAACUGGAAGCCAGGUCUUUCAACAACGCAGUUAUCAACAAGCGAUAGAUAAACGAAGUUACAUUAAUGGCUCUGCUACAAGCAUUGAAGAUUUUAAGGUUGACACCUUCGAAUAUAGAUUGCUGCGCGAAUCGGAGUUUCGUGAAUCGAUCACUCGCCGAUUUGUGGGUGAAUCUGACUUGCAAAUUUCUACAAUAAUUGAUCGUACCUUGGGACCGGUUGCACCUCCGCAAAUCACUCAGAAACCCAGAAACUCGAAACUCGUCGAAGGAUCGGACGCUGUCUUCACUGCAAAGAUAACUGGCAAUCCUAAACCAAGAUUAACAUGGUUCAAAAACGGCCAGAGAAUUCGAGAUUCCCAACGCGUGGAGACAAGCUAUUCGAAUCAACAGGCUACCUUACGAAUUCGAAGCGCUCUAUCGGAAGACAGCGGUCAUUAUACACUAUUGUCUGAAAAUCCUCAAGGCUGCACUGUUAGCUCCGCUUAUUUGGCAAUUGAGUCUACCGAUCAAGUAGAUCAAGUUCCGUAUCAAGCGCAAAGAGAAUUCAUUAAAACUCAACAAGUAGAAUCGACCAUCGAGUCCACUGACUCGGGCAAGGUUCUGCCGCCGAAUUUCGUUCGCACCAUUACGGAUAGAGAAGCUACUGAAGGCAAGAUGACGCGAUUUGACUGUCGCGUAACCGGCCGUCCGUAUCCCGAAGUCACUUGGUAUAUAAAUGGCCAACAAGUCGCCAAUGACAUGACUCAUAAAAUUCUCGUAAAUGAAUCUGGUAACAAUUCAUUAAUGAUCACGAAUGUGAGUCGCGCCGACGCCGGUAUAGUAACGUGCAUUGCUCGAAACAAAGCUGGCGAAACUUCCUGCCAGUGUAACUUAAGCGUCAUUGAGAAAGAGCAAGUGGUUGCGCCAAAAUUCGUAGAACGUUUCGUUACAACAAGCGUGAAAGAAGGAGAACCCGUGAUCUUUAUGGCACGCGCAGUCGGCACGCCAAUUCCACGUAUCACAUGGCAAAAGGACGGCGUACCGAUAACGCCUGGCCUCGAAAUACGUAUAUCGAGCGACGGUAGCGGAGCUUCGACUUUGGAUAUCCCGUGCGCCAAAUUCUCAGAUGCAGCCUGGUACCAGUGCACCGCUCAAAAUGUAGCCGGCUCCACCGCAACCCGAGCGCGGCUCUACAUCGAGACGCCAAAAGGAACGGCCCCGGAACCAAGACGCCUGAAUUUACCCCGACCGACGAAAGUCAUCGAACCAGAACCAGCGCCUGGCCCCGAAGUGAUUUAUCUGAGACACGUGGAACGCGCCAAGCCUUACUUACCGCCUCCUGAAGAGGACACAGUUUAUCCGCCGCCACGUUUCAUCAUACCGCUAAGGGACGUUCAUCAAAUCGAAGGUGGACGAAUUCACUUCGAGGCCAGAAUCGAACCGGUGGGCGACCCUACUAUGAGGGUGGAGUGGUACGUCAACGGCAGAGCACUCGAUGCGAGUUCCCGAGCGACUUCCAUCUUCCGCUUCGGUUUUAUUUCUCUCGAUCUCAUUAGUAUCGUUCUUCAAGAUAGCGGCGAGUAUUUAUGCCGCGUCGUAAGCUCGACUGGUGUUGCCGAAUCUCGAGCCACCCUCAGCGUAACCCCACGAGCCACGAUUGAACAGGCAAGCCAAUACCCCGACAGCCUCCAAUAUAUCCAACAGCUCGAGGAUUACAGCAAGUACCAAAGGCAGGAGACCGUGGAGGAGACCUCUUCAAAGCAGCCGGUUUUCAUCCGCCCGCUCCAGGAUCUUGGUGAGCUACAGGAAGGUCGUAACGCCCAUUUCGAGGCGCAAUUGACACCUGUUAGCGACCCCACCAUGAAAGUGGAGUGGUACAAGGAUGGAAAACCAAUCACAGCCAGCUCAAGAAUCACUAGUAUCUUCAACUUCGGAUACGUCUCACUUAACAUACUGCACCUACGGGCUGAAGAUGCAGGUUCUUAUACUGUCAGAGCUGUGAACCGCUUGGGAGAGGCCAUCAGCUCCGCGUCUCUCCGUGUCUUCGCACGAACAAGUGUAACGACAGACUUGGGUAUCCCCGAGCAACUGAGAUAUAUCGAGGCUGCCGAGGAGUUGGAAGCGUAUCAACAGGCGAUGCACCAGAAAUACGUGCAGGAGCAGCCUGAACCGAGCAGCCCACCGGAAUUUAAAUCGCCUAUUAAGGAUCAGAGUGGCAUACGCGAAGGAGGAUUUGCUCAUUUUGAGGCGCGUCUCGAACCAAUCGGUGACGCCGACCUCCGUGUCGAAUGGCUCAAAGACGGACGACCUGUAGAAGCUAGUUCUCGGAUUACAACUUUCUUUAACUUCGGAUACGUGGCACUGACUAUCAAAUACGUAACAAUAUACGAUGUCGGCGUAUACACUUGCCGGGCUUACAACAGAGCCGGCGAAGCUCACACCACCGCUCAAAUGAGCGUAAUCAGCAAAAAUGAUGUUAUCUACGAUAGUCAACACCCUACCGGCCUUCAGAAAAUUCAGUCUCUCGAAGAUUCUGCUAGAUAUUCGCGGCAGAUUCAAGAAGAAACGCAGGUCACACAGGCACCGCGAUUCCUGGGCAAUCUUAAGGGCACUAAUAAGAUCGUGGAAGGUCAGCGGGCGCAUUUCGAAGCGCGUGUCGAACCCCAAAGUGACCUGAGCAUGAAAAUCGAGUGGUACCACAACGGCAAACCCAUUACUGCCGCUAAUAGAAUCCAGACGUAUCACGAUUUCGGAUACGUUGCCAUUGAUAUUCUUCAGGUUCGUUCCGAAGAUGCCGGCACGUAUACUGUUGUGGCUAGAAACUCUCGCGGAGAAGCUCGUUUGUCCGCUACCAUGAUUGUAGAAACGCGUUCCGGCAUAGAUACCAGCAGUAUGCACCGCGGCACUUACGAAAAAACGCAACGCUUAGAAGAGUCCAAGUUUAUCGAACCACAUUAUCAUAUUGAAGAGAUUUCCAAAUCGAAACCAAUCUUUAUUCAGCCUUUAAGCGACCCGAAACCAGUUAGCGAGGGUAAAAAUAUUCACUUGGAGUGCCGUCUGGAACCAAUGGGCGACCCGACGAUGAGAGUCGAAUGGUUCCAAAACGGACGUCCGGUCACGGUCGGCUCCAGAUUCAGAACUUACUACGAUUUCGGAUUUGUCGCACUCGACAUAGUACAUACUACUGUUUACGAUUCUGGCGAAUAUACGGUCAGAGCGACUAAUCAUCUAGGCACUGCGCAUACUUCCGCUUGCGUCAGAGUCAUCGGAAGAUCUGACGUUGUCACCGAAACGCAGAACGAACAAUCGCUCGAACAGAUACAAAUGCUGGAGGAUUCAUCGAGGUAUCGCAGAACGCAACAAGAGGAAGUCACUGUGCUGCAAGCACCUCAGUUCACUCGACCUCUGCACAACAUUGAAACAGUAGAGCUGACCAACGUUCACCUCGAAUGUCGUCUUCAACCAGUUGGUGACGCGACCAUGAAAGUCGAUUGGUUCGUCAACGGUCGGCCGGUCAAAACUGGCCACCGAUUCAGACCAUCUUACGAAUUUGAUUACGUGGCUCUAGACAUUCUUGGCGUCUAUCCUGAAGAUUCUGGCGUAUAUACUUGUCAAGCUAGAAAUCAGCUCGGCGAGGCGGUUACUUCGUGCUCCAUAAGAGUACACGCAAAGAAAGAUUUACUUCUCGAGUCUCAACAUCCCGAAGGAUUGGAAAGAAUACAGUACUUGGAGGAUGCGUCGCGAUACAAAAGGCACGAACUUGUCGACGAAGUCGUCAACGUAAAGCCGAAAUUCAUUACAAAACCGAAAAAUCAGGAAAAUCUUCGAGAAGGACAGCACGCCCAUUUCGAGUGUAAAUUGGAGCCGGUGACGGAUUCGAAUUUGAAAGUCGAGUGGUUCAAGAAUGGUCGUCCAGUAACGAUAGGGCACCGUUUCCGUCCGAUUCAUGACUUCGGUUACGUUGCAUUGGAUGUGAUUGAUUUGAUCGCCGAAGACUCUGGAACCUACACAUGUCGUGCCGUUAAUCUGGUAGGCAGCGACGAGGUGGUUUGCACUUUAACAUGUCGCUCGGGCGCACAAAUCUUAACGGAUACGCAAAACGAGCUCGGGCUUGAGCAGAUUCACUAUCUCGAAGAUAGAUCGAAAUAUCAGAGACAGGAAGUUAUUGAAGAAACCACUACUCAGGCACCGAUUUUCACGACUUCGUUGAACAAUGUCGAGAUAAAAGAGGGUCAGCGAGCACAUUUCGAAUGCAGACUAAUUCCGGUGUCCGAUGCAACGAUGAAGAUCGAAUGGUUCCACAAUAAUAAACCAGUGAAAGCGGGCUCGAGAUUUGUCGAAACAAACAGCUUCGGUUUCGUCGCUCUCGACAUUAUGUACGCAUAUCCCGAAGAUUCUGGAACGUAUACCUGCAGAGCUAAGAAUAUUAUUGGUGAAGCCAUCACUUCUGCAACUGCUAUCGUUCACUCCAAAAAAUCGAUCUACACGGAAACUCAAAACGAGGAAACUCUUCUACGUCUUCGCUCAUUGGAGGAUACGUCUCGCUAUCAACGUAAAACCACAACCGAGGAAAUUGUUACACAAGCUCCAGUCUUUACGUUGCCAAUAAAAGAUCUUCGUGUUGCUGAGAAUCAGGCAGCGCAUUUCGAAGCACGCGUUAUCCCAGUUGGAGAUCCUAAACUCAAAGUGGAAUGGCUGCGCAAUGGAGUUCCUAUCUCAGCUUCGAAUCGUGUGACGACCAUGCACGACUUUGGAUAUGUCGCCUUAAACAUGAAGUACGUUAAUCCGGAAGAUUCAGGCACUUAUACGUGUCGCGCGACAAACGAGCUUGGAGAAGCAGUCACUUCAGCAACACUAUUCGUCCAAUCCAAAGCAGCCUUGCAGUUUGAAACACAACACGAGAGCGCUUUAUCGAAACUCCAAGCCCUGGAGGAUACCACGAAAUAUCAACGUCGUGAGGAGGAAGAGAUCGUGGUAAAAGACAAGCCAUCCUUUACGGUUCAAUUGAACGGACCUACCAGUCUAGUCGAAGGUCAAAGCGCACACUAUGAGUGCCGCAUAGAACCUUAUCCCGAUCCCAACAUGAAGGUGGAAUGGUUCCACAAUGGCAAACCAUUAUCCACCGGUCAUAGGUAUAGAACGACCUGUGACUUUGGAUUCGCAUCGUUGGACGUGUUGACUGUGUAUGCCGAGGAUUCGGGCACAUAUACUUGUCGAGCCACCAAUAAAUUGGGAUCGGCGACAAGCUCGAUUAAUCUUGACGUGAAAUCCCGGGCAUCGAUUAUUCGCGACACACAGCAUGAGAGCGCGUUGAAAAAGAUACAAUAUCUCGAAGACGAUUCGAGAUACAAACGCGUGGUUGAAGAAGAUGCGAUCAUCGCCGAGAAGCCCGCUUUUGGACGACCGCUAAAGAAUAUCGAACAUCUCCCGGAAGGCAAAAACGCUCAUCUCGAAGCUACAUUGACACCUGUGAACGAUCCGACAAUGGUCGUCGAGUGGUUCAGAGACGGACGUCCCGUUCCUCAGGGACACAAAUUUAAAACAACCUACGAUUUUGGAUACGUCGCUCUCGAUAUUCUUUACGCUUACCCUGAAGAUUCGGGUACUUACAUGUGUAAAGCGAGGAACGCCGUUGGCGAGGCAGUCACUACGUGUGUGAUUAGCAUAGAUUCAAAACAAGGCUUAUACCUUGAUACUUUGGAUGCUCAACGUCUGCAAAAGAUUCGAGAAUUGGAAACUGUCGAAAUCAAAGAAGAGGUUGAAAAGGAGGUUAUUCAUCAAAAACCUGUCUUUUUAACGCCGUUGAACAAUCUGGAUCACCUCAAAGAAGGCGAACAUGCUCAUCUGGAAUGUCGUGUGGAGCCAAUUAACGAUCCAAACUUGAAAAUCGAAUGGUUUGUCAAUGGAGUCGCGAUUAAAACUGGUCAUCGCUUCCGUACUACACACGAUUUUGGCUAUGUGGCUCUUGAUAUCCUUUAUACUUAUCCCGAAGAUUCGGGUACUUACAUGUGUAAAGCAACAAAUUUGGCUGGCGAAGCCGUUAACACCUGCACUAUCAAAGUUGGCUCCCGACGAAGUAUUCUUUUGGACACUCAACAUCCCGAUGGCCUAGAAAAGAUUCGAGAGUUAGAAGCUCAGGGUCAUCCUGCACGAUUAGAAGUCGAAGAACCGAUAGCAACACCACCAAGAUUUGUCACUGAGCUUAGGGGCACAACCGAGGUAUACGAAGGACAGACCGCUCAUUUCGAGUGUCAAGUGGAGCCUUUGCACGAUGCUAAUCUAAGAAUCGAAUUCUUCCACAAUGGAAAACCAUUACCGUCGGCAGCGCGUUUCCACGUCACUUUCGAUUUCGGAUACGUGGCUCUAGACAUUGGUCAUGCCGUACCCGAAGACGCGGGACAAUACUCUGUACGAGCGAUAAAUGCUCUGGGACAGUGUAAAUCAUCCAUCGAGCUCAAAGUAAUCCCGCGAGAUAACAUUAUUCUGGAUUCCCAACGACCCGAGGGCCUGGACAAGAUCCGGGAACUCGAAGCUCAACAACCGUGGAAGAGACCGGAUGUGCCAGAGCCUCAAACUCGGCAGCGACCGGUCUUCACUCAACCCUUGCAAAAUAUCGACAGCAUUGCCGAGGGUCAUACCGCGCAUUUCGAAUGCAGGCUCAUUCCUGUGGGCGAUCCUAUGCUCAAAGUCGAAUGGUUCAGAAACGAAGUGCCCCUCGAGACAAGUUCGCGAAUUACAAAAGUGCACGAUUUUGGCUUUGUAUCUCUGGACAUCGCUCACGUACGUGACGAAGAUGAGGGUGUUUACAUGUGUCGCGCUUCUAAUCCACUCGGUGAAGCGGUUACCACGGCUUCGAUGAAAAUCAAAAGCAAGGCAAGCAUACAACUAGAUACUCAGCAUCCGGAAGCACAGCGUAGAAUUGCUCAGCUGGAAGCCAAGGAGGUUGGACGUCCUGAACAGCCGGAAAAGAUCUUUGAUAAACCGAUUUUCACGCAAUUACUAACCGGGCCAACUGAACUCUGGGAAGGACAAAUGGCUAGAUACGAAUGCAGAGUUGUUCCUGUUGGCGAUGCGAGUUUGAGAUUCGAAUGGUACAUAAACGGAGUCGAAUUAAAAAUGGGUUCACGCUUCCACGUAAGUCACGACUUCGGAUACGUAACGUUAGACAUUCUGAAAGUCAUCCCCGAAGACUCCGGAAUGUAUACUUGCAAAGCGAUCAACAACGCGGGGGAGGCGGUAUCGUCGAUUUCUCUGAAAGUAAGAGCGCGUUCAGCCAUCGAUUCCGAGAGCAUACAAGCGGACGCAUGGCAGAAGAUUCAAUUGAAGGAAGCGGAAAUGAACAGAGUGCCGGAAAUGUUUGUCGACACAACGCCGCAGCAAGCACCAGUUUUCACUAAGCAUCUUGAGAGUUUCGAUAAACUGAUAGAAGGUCAACAUGUUUAUUUAGAGGCGCAGGUGGAGCCGCGAGCCGAUCCAAAUUUAAGAGUAGAAUGGUUCAAAAACGGUAUGCCUCUUCAGACUGGAACCAGGAUUCGUAGUACUUUCGACUUCGGCUUAGUAACACUAUCAAUCAACGGUCUAAGACCCGACGAUUCUGCAAUUUAUACUUGCAAGGCGACUAAUCUUUUGGGAGAAGCUGUGUCAACCUGCAGCUUGAAAAUUUCCGAUCGACACUGGUUAUUGGGAGAUACUUUGCAUCCCGACGCUCUGCCGAAGAUCGAUGCUCUGGAGCAGCCUCAGAUAACUUCUACUGAGCAACCGGAACCUAUUUACGAAGAACCGGUGUUUAUCACUCAUUUAAACAACGUGGAAUGCAUCGAAGGCGAUAACGCUCACUUCGAGUGCAACGUAGAACCAUCGAAAGAUCCAACAAUGAAAAUCGAAUGGUUCUUAAAUAGUAAACCUUUACCGACCGGCGCGAGAUUUAAGAGCACUUAUGAUUUUGGCUAUGUGGCUUUGGAUUUGAAUCACGCUUACGAAGAGGAUUCUGGCAUAAUUACCGUUAAAGCGACAAACUCAAAAGGAAGUGCGCAGACGUCGGGUACUUUGAAGUGCACCAGCAAACAAAAUAUCUAUCUGCAAACGCAACAUCCACAAGGAGAAGCCGGACUUGAGAAAGUGAAAGAGGCUGAGGACGCUUAUCUAUCGAAAUACAAGAGACCACAGGAAGCUCCUGAACACGAAUAUCCAAAACCGAUCUGGACCGUACCUCUUCUGCCUGAAUUUAAACUUGGAGAAUCCGAACCGUUACAUUUAGAAGGACAAGUCGAGCCAAAAGACGAUCCGAACUUAAAGAUCGAUUGGUACUUUAAUGGAAAACCCUUAGAACACGGUUCGCGAUUUAAAAUGACUAGCGAUUUUGGAUUUGUCACUUUGGAUUUAACAGACGUUUAUGAGCGUGACUCCGGUAUUUACACUUGCAAAGCAUAUAAUAAAGCGGGCGAAGCCUUCACAUCGACAACAAUUUACUGUUCCACGAAGGAAAAUAUCAUCGAAAAGUCGCAGCAUCCUAAAGGCAAGGAGGGUCUCGAAGCAAUUCAAGAUCUCGAGGAGUCUUUGAAACGGCAAGAAGGUGUUCCACCGGGAGAUGAAGAAGGUCAACCACCUAUGUUUACGUCACAAUUUGAGAAUUUGACCAAUUUAUCGGAGGGAGAAAUCGCUCACUUUGAAGCGUCGCUCAUUCCUACUGGCGACCAAACUAUGGUAGUUGAAUGGUUCUACAAUGGCAAAUCUUUAGAAGCUAGUCAUCGCACGAGGACCGUUUACGCUUUCGGCAUGGUUGUCCUCGAGGUUCUCGGCACUAAAAUCGAAGAUUCGGGCACUUAUACUUGUAGAGCCACCAAUAAAUGGGGUAAAGCAGAAAUCAGCGUAGAACUGGAAUGCAUUGACAAAUCCAAGGGACAAAAACCGAAAUUCACCACGCAUAUUCAGUCUUUAGAAGGUUUGAAGGAUGGCCAAUCGGCUCACUUUGAGUGCACGUUAAUUCCUGUGGGCGAUCCUCACAUGAAAGUCGAGUGGUUCCACAAUGGAAAGCCUCUCCGGCACUCCUCGCGCUUUAAGAUGGUCUCUGAUUUCGGCUUCGUAGUUAUGGACAUCGCCGGAGUGAUGUCUCACGACACCGGCGAAUACGUUUGCAAAGCUAGCAACAAAUACGGCGAAGAUUAUACAAAAGCCAAGAUUAAAUGCUUCGGCAAGAGCGGGGUUUAUUUAGAUUCCCUGCAACCAGAUUCUCUCGCUAGAAUUCGAGAGCUCGAAAGUUACAGCGGAGAACAACCGACUACACCUACAACUCCCGUCGCCGAACCACCGAGAUUUAUCACACAAAUCACUGACAUUACGAAGCUGGUAGAAGGACAAUCUGCACAUUUCGAGGCUAGACUGACUCCGGUGACUGAUCCCGACUUGAAAGUCGAGUGGUAUUACAAUGGCAAAAAGCUUCCCCACGGCCAUCGAUAUCGUACUUUCCACGACUUCGGCAUCGUUAUCCUGGACAUUCUCUAUUGUUACGAAGAGAACUCCGGGAUUUACGAGUGCAGAGCCGUUAACAAGUACGGCGAAGAUUCUACAAAAGCAACGCUCAAGUGCUUCUCCAAGACUAAUCUUGUCUUGGAGUCGCAACUUCCGAAAGGUAUGGAAGGCGGUCUAGAAAAAAUCCAAAAUCUCGAAGAUUCGAUGAUACGUACGAAAGAUGAGAAAACUGUUGAAGAACGUGGCAAGGCUCCAGUAUUUACUGUGCCUUUAAGUAAUAUCGAUGGUCUACGCGAGGGAGAAAGCGCGCAUUUUGAGGCACGACUAAUACCUACGGACGAUCCAAAAUUAAAGGUCGAAUGGUUCUGGAAUGGUAAACCAUUGCGAACGGGAUCUCGCUUCCGCACUUUCUGCGAUUUUGGUUUCGUCAUUUUGGAAAUUUCUCCUAUUUAUCCAGAAGAUUCCGGUGAAUAUAGUUGCAGAGCGACAAAUGAUUAUGGUGAAGCAGUGACGACAUGCACGAUGAAAUGUACGGGCAAGCGAAGCAUUAUUUUGGAGUCACAGCUACCCAAAGGUAUGGAAAGUACAAUCGAUAAAAUCGCCGAAUUGGAGGGCCUUGUUCCGGGUCCGGGUCAAGCUAGUCCCGAGGAUGAUACCGGAAGACCGCCAGAAUUCAUCACGACUCCUUCCGACCUGACUUUGGCUGAGAACUCUCUUGCUCAUUUCGAGUGUCGAUUACAACCAAUUAAUGACUCUAGCAUGAGAGUCGAAUGGUUCCAUAACGGCAAGCCUCUUCUCGCUGGCAGUAGAAUCAAAACAAUUCACGACUUUGGUUUCGUCAUUCUAGAAGUCGCGAACUGUUAUCAACGCGAUUCCGGUUUAUACACUUGUAAAGCCACCAAUCGCCACGGCGAAGCCACGGUGUCAUGCAAGCUUCAAGUCCGUGGACGUCAAGGUAUCAUCUUGGAGCCUCAAUUGCCAAGCAAUUUCAAAACCGGCACGGAAAGCAUUCAGAAAUUGGAAGAAUCUUUAUACAAAAGAGACGAGAUUUUGGCGGAAGAAGAAACACCGAAUCCGCCGAAAUUCACUGUCGAACUUAAAGAUAUCGAAGUCGAAGAAGCUGGACCAAGUCACUUCGAUUGUAGAGUCGAGCCUGUGGGCGAUCCUUCCAUGCGCAUCGAUUGGUUCCAUAACGGCCGGCCCUUCGCGACAGGCUCUCGAGUACAUCAGAUUAAUGAUUUCGGAUUUAUAUCACUGGAUAUGUCGUACACAUACGCACGAGACAGCGGCGAAUACGUUUGCAGAGCUACCAACAAAUGGGGCUCUGCUACUACUAAAGCCACCAUCACUUGCAAAUCCAAGAAAACAAUAGAUUUCGACUCUCAACUGCCAUCGGGAAUGAGUGGCGAAAAGUUAAAAGAAUUGGAGCGAGGACCGGUCUCUCAAGCCCCUGCACCGGAAGCACCGCGACAACCUCCUCAUUUCAUCACGCAAAUUCAAUCAGCGACAGUAGACGAGGGUGAACCGGUUAGAUUCGAAUGCCGUGUCGAGCCUAAAGAAGAUCCAAAUCUACGCAUUGAGUGGUACAGAAAUGGUAAAGUGAUACCCGCCGGACACAGAUACAGAUCGGUUUACGAUAUGGGAUUCGUGUCGAUGGACAUCUUGUACGUCUAUCCCGAGGAUUCUGGUGAAUAUGUUUGCAAAGCCAUUAACGAUCUUGGAGAAGACACCACUCGAGCUGCCGUAUCUUGCAAAAAAUUGCCGAGCAUUAUUCUACAAAAUCAAGUGCCAAAGGGUAUGAAAAAAUCUGAGGCACUAAUGCAAAUGGAAGCGACAAUUAAAAAAUAUACUUCGGAAGUUCAUUUAACCGAGGAUGAUUUAUAUGACGCGGACAAAAAACAGCCGCCUCGUUUUGUUACACAGAUUCUGGAUCAGACCGAUCUCGUUGAAAUGAAUAGCACCAAGUUCGAGUGCCAAUUGGCUCCCGUGGGUGAUCCAAACAUGAAAGUUGAAUGGUUCUUCAACGGAAAACCGUUGCCUCAUAAAAAUCGAUUCACGCCUAUUUACGACUUCGGCUACGUAGCGAUGAACUUUGGUUGGGUCUAUCCAGAGGAUAGCGGCGAAUAUUUAUGCAGAGCCACGAAUCUUUACGGAAUGGACGAGACUAGGGCUAUAAUCAGAACCGCAGGAAAACCAGGAAUUAUCUACGAAUCUCAGCUUCCAAAAGGCAUGAAGAGUAUCGAGAAAAUCAGAGAAAUGGAAGCAGCAUGGCAGAUCGUGCCCGAAGAAGAAGGCGAAGAAGAAAAGGUACGUUCGGCGCCUGUUUUCGUGAGUAAACCAGAACCGGUAACCGUCGAAGAAGGCGACUGGUCUAGAUUCUGCUGUCGAGUCACUGGACAUCCAAGGCCUCGAGUUAUGUGGAUAAUCAAUGGACAUACAGUAGUUAACGGAUCCCGCUAUAAAUUAACGUAUGAUGGCAUGUAUCAUCUGGAUAUCCCCAAAACCAGACAAUACGACCAUGGUAAAGUGGAAGUGAUAGCAAGAAGCUCUGUCGGCGAAACACGUACAGAAACCACUCUAACAGUGAAGCAACGAAGCGACGACUACCGUGGUGUAUUGAAAAAUUCGCCGAGACCCUGGUACGAUUAUGGGCUAACACAGUACCAGACCGAGCGUCAAAACACAGAAUUGGAACGCGUGUUUGACGAACGCCACCAAAGCGUUUCUCAAGGUAUCGGAAUUGCCACGGAGCAUCUUAGCCCGAAAGUUAUCAAAGAGCCUCAAACUGAAUGGCAGAAAUCUGUCAAGAGCAAGAAGAAUGAAGAUUAUUAUAAUAAAUUGAUGAAUCUUGAGGAGGAACAAGUGCUCAAAGAAAGCAGAUUAAGAGAGGCUUCUCAUCAGUUCGCCAUUCCUGGCGACAAGGUCGUUUCACAUUCUUUAGCAAAGGGAAUGGCUCAAAAGUAUGAAGAAAAUUUAGAGGAACAACCUCAGGAACCAGCAGAACCACCUCCGAAAUACGUAAAGAAACCGUUUGUUACCGAGAUAGAUAUAGAUACAGAACGCGUUAAAACUUCCGGAAAGUAUCCUCCAGAACCAUCGGAAUCCACGGUUCAUGGUCGCGAAGUUCACGUAGCUAAACAAAAGCAAACACAAAAGGAAGUGAAGGGCGAUUUAGAAAUAACGAGAAAGAUUACAGCAACGGAGACUACAGAAGUAGAACACAAAGCAAAGACGCAGGAACGUGUGGUUCAGGGUCAAGUUAAACCCGCUAAACCGCCUGUCUUCACGAAAAAAAUUCAACCUUGCAGAGCAUUUGAACAAGAACAAGCCAAAUUUGAGGUUGAAUUUGACGGCGAUCCACUACCGACCAUCAAAUGGUAUCGUGAAGAUUUUCCCAUACAAAACUCAGCCGAUCUCCAAAUUUAUACCUUCAGCACCAAAUCGGUGUUAGUCGUCAGACAAGUCUUUAUGGAAGACUCUGGUGUCUUUUCCGUCAUCGCCGAGAAUAGAGGAGGAAAAGCUAAAUGCAGCGCCAAUUUGGUCGUGGAAGAACGCCGAAGACAACCUGGACGGGGAGGCGCGGUGCCACCUAGUUUCCUAUCCACGAUCCAAUCUACUGCUGUAGCUACAGGACAGCUCGCCAGAUUUGAUGCCAAAAUCACCGGUACUAAACCUCUGGAUGUUUAUUGGCUCAAGAAUGGUAAGAAAGUAACGGCAGAUAUUCGUUACAAGACAUUGGAAGAAGACAACACUUAUACGCUUUUGAUUCUGGAAACAGUGCCGGAAGACACUGGCAAAUAUGAGUGUGUUGCGAUCAACAGUGCUGGAGAAGCACGUUGCGAAGCGGAAUGUGCCGUUCGCGGACCUCAAUCUCCAACGAAAGUCGCGAAACCCACUACUCCGACAAUGGAAAAAGCGCCAACUGUCCUGGAACCAUUAAGAGAUCAAACUAUUAAAGAAGGAACUUCUGUCGCUUUCGCCUGCAGGAUUACAGGAAAGCCUGUUCCUACCGUGCAAUGGAAGAAAGCUGAUAAGGUGAUUAAACCGUCAAAGUACUUCCAAAUGCAGAAAGAAGGUGAUUUUUGUACUCUGAGAAUUUCUGAAGCGUUCCCCGAAGAUGAAGGUGUUUACAAAUGCAUUGCUAAAAAUCCUGCCGGCGAGGUCACGACAUCCGCCAACCUCAGAGUUCUCGCGCCUGAAACAACUGACGUUUUGCCAAAACUGACACCUCUAAAGGAUCAAAUAGUCGUAGAAGGACAGCCGGCUCAAUUUAAAACUCAAGUGAGUCCAGCAAAACCUAAGCCGACGAUUCAGUGGUAUCGAGAGGGUGCCUUGAUCCCGCAAUCACCAGACUUCCAGAUGAUUCAUGAAGGCAACAAUGCAGUGCUACUUAUAGCAACCACUUACGAGGAGGAUACUGGCACCUUCACCUGCCGCGCUACAACCUCAGCUGGUACUGUAGAAACGUCCGCCAAACUCAUCGUCAAAAAGAGAAAAGAAGCUUAUUACACGGUUCCCGCGGAAACGGGUGCUAAUAUAGAAGUAAAUGAUCAGGAUUUGAGGGAAGAUAUCAUUUUGAAAUCCUUAACAUUGGCCGAAAAUUUAUCACUUGAAGCACAGCUUCAACCAGGCAAUGAAUCGUUGCCUUGGCGGAAAGAACGCGUCCAGCAUCGACCUCGAACCAGUGACACGCUUCCAUGGCGAAAAGUAAAAACAAAAUCGAGAGAUUCUUCUUUGGAUAAACUUCAAGCUUUUGAAAGCCAAAUAAAACCAUGGACUGAGGAAGAAGUAGUUUUAAAAAAAACUUCUAAGGUUACCAAAGAUGUAACAAAAGAAAAAUUAGAAGAAGUUGAAUUAAAACCGACAAAAAUUGAAAAGAAAGAAAUCCACGGACCAAGUCUAGAAACUGUCAAAUUGAAACCCGUACCUAAAGAUACGACACACAUUAUAACAACCGAAGAAGGAAUUACACGUCAUGACGACACUGCAACUGAAUUUUACAAAGAGGAAAUAGAUACAACUUUAUUAAAAACAUCACAACGUUUAGACGAGACUGUGUCAAGAAAAGAAAAAAGCGAAGAGCUAAAACCAUGGACAGAAGAACAAAUUAUAUUAAAGAAAACAAAACCAAAGACAAAACAAAUUUUGGAAGAUACUAUAGAAAAGAUGGAUUACACCGAACAAGAGGACAAGUCUUUGCUUACAAUUUCAAAGGACGAAGAAACGCAAAAAAUAAAGAAAGAAAAGUCUAUUAUAGAGAAAGGACCAGAACAGGCCAAACCUUGGACAGAAGAAAAAAUUGCUCUAAAGAAAGCAAAACCAGAAAGAAAGGAGAUACCUAAAGAAACACUUGAAACCGUUGCACUAAAACCUUCGCAAAAAAUAAAACAAGACAUCGUAAAAACAACUUUAGAAAAAGUGGAUCUUAAACCAAUUUCCAAGGAAGAAUCCGAAGUAAUUUCAGUAGAAGAAGUUACGCAGAUUUCUACAAUUCAAGAAGCGAGAAGGACGAGCAAAGACAUAGAUAAGAUAACUAUAGAUAAAGAGGAUAAAACAAAACCAUGGACAGAAGAGAAAAUUACUUUGAAAAAAUCUAAACCUGUCCAAAAAGAAAUUAAAAAAGAGGUAAUAGAAACGGUAGAAUUAAAACAAUCUAAACCUAUUAAGCAGGUAUUUCGAAAGCCGAGCUUGGAAAAAGUAGAUUUGAAACCUGUCAUAAAAGAAAAGACAGAUGUAAGUGAUUAUAUUGAGCAGGAAGAUACUACAUUACUUCAAGUUUCAACUGAGACACAUGACAUUGCUAAAUUAAAACCGUCAAAACUACGCACAAGUGAAAAAUUAACGCAAAAAGAAAAAGAUGACGUCAAAGAUGUAAAAACAUAUGCUGAGGAAGAAGACACUACCUUGCUUAAAGUUACAUCAGAGCAUGAAACUACUAUUAAUAUUGAUAAAAAAGUAAAAAAGCAAACAGAAAUUCCACAAGAAAAACCACAGUCAAAGCCAUGGACGGAAGAAAAAGUAAUUUUAAAGAAAACUAAACCAGAACAAAAAGAAAUACUCAAAGAAACUCUUGGAGAAGUAUCAUUAAAACCAGUAUCUCGAGUAGAUAAAGAAUCGAAAGAAGAAAUUAUAGAAAAAAUUGAUUUAAAACGUGUAAAAACAAAAACUACAAAUUUAAUUGAUAUUAAAAAGCCACAAGAAAAAGCACCAUAUCACGAAGAAGAGGAUAAAAUUAUUAUUGAAACAAGUAAAGAUGUCGAAUCUACUGAAACAACUAAAAGUGGAAAAAAAAUCAUUGAAAGCACAUCAUAUAAAGAAAAAGAAGAUAUUGCAAUUCUUGCCAUCGAUAAAACGGAUGAAACAAUUGAGAAAUCAGCAAAAAAAGAGAUACCAGUGCCAUGGGUUAGAGGUAAAAAAGCAAAAGAGAAAAAAGAAGUUACAGAAAUAAAACCAAUUCAAGUAACUAAACCCGAAACUGAACUGAAAGACGAAAUGCCUAUGGAAAUUUCAGAAACUCCGUGGCGUCGUAAACCAAAACCUUCAACAAUUCAAAUGGAAAUUAAACCAGAAGAAACCGCACCUGAAAAAGAGAAGUUUGAAGAAAAGGCAGAAUUACCAUGGAAACGUGGAAAAAAGUCAACAAUUAUUAAACUAACAGAACCAGAAAAAUCGGAAGAGCCAAUAAAAGAUGACAUUAAAGAAAUAUCUGAAAUAACAUGGAGGAAACCCGAAAAACGUAAAACAAAAAUUGCUGUUAAAGAAGAACCGACGCCUCAGAUAGAAGAUUUUACAUCCAUUAUAUUAAAACCGGCAAAACGAUUAGAAAAACCUGAAGAACAGGAGUCAACAGAAGAAAUUGUACUUAAACCAGUAAAACAAGUACCUAAAAAAGAAGACGAAGUAUCAGCAAAAGUUAGUCUUAAACCAAUUACAAAACAAAAACCAGAAAUAGAAACUCAGCAUGAAAAAAUCGAAACUCAGCCUGAAAUUACUAAUGGAGAUGUAUCUACUCAGAAAGCAGAUUUACCGUGGAGACGAAGAAAGAAACCAAUUCCAAAUGAGGAGAAACCCGAAGAGGUCAAAUUAAAACCAGUGAAAAAAAUAGAAAAACCUCAAGAACCAAAACCUGAAGAAGUCGUAUUAAAACCUGUUAAAAGGCUUCCUAAAGAGGAAGAAACAAAGGAACAAAUUGUUCUGAAACCAGUAGAAAAGGAAAAACCUGAAGAAAAACCCGAGGAAAUUCGAUUGAAACCUGCGAAAAAGAAAGAGAAACCCGAAGAACCGAAAUCUGAGGAAGUCGUAUUAAAACCUGUUAAAAAGCUUCCUAAAGAGGAAGAAACAAAGGAACAAAUUGUUCUGAAACCAGUGGAAAAGGAAAAACCUGAAGAGAAACCCGAGGAAAUUCGAUUGAAACCUGUGAAAAGGAAAGAGAAACCCGAAGAACCGAAACCUGAGGAAGUCGUAUUAAAACCUGUUAAAAGGCUUCCUAAAGAGGAAGAAACAAAGGAACAGAUUGUUCUAAAACCAGUGAAGAAGGAAAAACCUGAAGAGAAACCCGAAGAAGUUCGAUUAAAACCUGUGAAAAGGAAAGAGAAACCCGAAGAACCGAAACCCGAGGAAGUCGUUUUAAAACCUGUUAAAAGGCUUCCUAAAGAGGAAGAAACAAAGGAACAGAUUGUUCUGAAACCAGUGGAGAAGGAAAAACCUGAAGAGAAACCUGAGGAAAUUCGAUUGAAACCUGUGAAAAGGAAAGAGAAACCCGAAGAACCGAAACCUGAAGAAGUCGUAUUAAAACCUGUUAAAAGGCUUCCUAAAGAAGAAGAAACAAAAGAACAAAUUGUUCUGAAACCAGUAGAGAAGGAAAAACCCGAAGAGAAACCCGAGGAAAUUCGAUUAAAACCUGCGAAAAGGAAAGAGAAACCCGAAGAACCGAAACCUGAGGAAGUCGUAUUAAAACCUGUUAAAAGGCUUCCUAAAGAAGAAGAAACAAAGGAACAGAUUGUUCUAAAACCAGUGAAGAAGGAAAAACCUGAAGAGAAACCCGAAGAAGUUCGAUUGAAACCUGUGAAAAGGAAAGAGAAACCCGAAGAACCGAAACCCGAGGAAGUCGUUUUAAAACCUGUUAAAAGGCUUCCUAAAGAGGAAGAAACAAAGGAACAGAUUGUUUUGAAACCAGUAGAAAAGAAAGAAGAACCAACAAUAAAACCAGUACCUGAAAUGAUUUCCGAGAAGAUCGAUGAUAAACCAGUUGAAGAUAAACCAACUGAAACAGCUGCAGUUUCUUGGCGGCGUAAUAAGCGAACGAAAAAAGUCGUUGAUUUUAAAGAGGAAGUUACAAUAGUUCCUAUCGAUCAAGAAGAAUCGGUUGCAGAGAUUUUCGAGGAAAAAGAAUCAACGGUAAUUAUUACUGAGGAUGAUGAAAAACAAAUACAAGUAGAACCUGUGGCACUGUACGACGAAGAAAAAAUAACGGAGGAAGUGACUGCAACAAGCGAAGUGUCAUGGAGGAAAAAGAAACAAGAUCGAAAAAAGGUAGAAGAAAAGAAAGAAACUAUUAUAUUAAAGCCUGUCGAAAAAAUAAAGGAAAUAAAACCAAAAGUUGAACAGCCCGAAGAACAGGUACCAACUUUAGUUAAAGAUGAUAAGUUACCUGAAAUAGUUGAAAGAGAUAUAAUUCAAUUAAAACCAGUCUCUAAAAAGAAAGGAAAGAAAGAAGUAGUAUUAGAAGAAAAGUCCAAUGAAGAGGAAAUUGUAAAAUUAAAAUCUAUAAAGUUCGAAGAACAAAUUGCAAAAGUGUCGGAACAGAAAGAUGAAACUAUUGUAUCUAGCAAAAUGGAAAUAGUACCUGAAAAAGUUAGUACAAAAACUGAGGAAAUUAAAGAGACUGUUGAAGACGUUGUAUUGCAAGUUAAGAAAGAUAUAACGCAAGUAGAAGACCGUAAACGAAAACGUAGACAACGUACUCAAGUCGAUAUAUCUAUUAUGGAUAAAGAUAAAACUAUUGCUCCACGGUUCAUCCAAAAAUUACAACCUGUUAUUGCGGAAUUGGAAAAACCUGCCAAGUUUACGUGCACUGUCAUAGGAAACCCUGUCCCCGAAAUUUCUUGGUAUAAAAACGAACAAGAACUCCAUGCAAGUGAAAAAUAUACAAUGACAAUAUUUGAGACAACGGCAACUUUAGAAAUCACAAAAGUUAAAGAAGAAGAUGCUGGAAUGUACUCUUGCAGAGCGUCCAAUCCGGCUGGAGUGGCAACAUCGACUGUCAAUCUUGUGAUAUUCGAAAAAGAAGAGGAAGGCAUAGCACCGCAUUUUUCAACGCCGAUUAAACCGCUAAUGGUUGAAGAACAUACGCCUGCCUUAUUAGAAUGCGUUGUAACUGGUACACCAGUACCUGAAGUAAAAUGGUACCGCGGUGAGAAAGAAGUGAAACCAAACGAAAAGACCGAAAUAAUCUUCAAUCCGGAAACUGGAGAUGCCAAGCUUAAAAUCUUAGAACCAACAUCCGAAGACGAAACAAUCUAUCGCGUUCGUGCUAUAAAUAAAUACGGUCGCGCUGAAUGCAGAGCUAAUUUAGUGAUCAGUAACAUCGUUAAAGUAAGCAAACCAAUUAUUCUUAGAGCACCGCGAAUUACACGACCUUUACCUGCGCUCGUAGCAGAACGCGGAAAGCCUCUGCAGCUUUUGGCUGAUUUCGAAGGUGUACCGAAGCCAGAAGUCAAAUGGUUCCGAAAUGGCAUUGAAAUUACACCGACUGACAAACGUAAGAUAAAUGUCUAUGAGAAUACUGCCGAAUUAAUUAUAUCUGACGUCACAAAAAAAGACAGUGGCAAAUACGAAAUCAGAGCCCAGAACGAAGUCGGUGAAGCAAGAAGCUCAAGUUCUGUUACUAUUAAAGAACGCAAAGAUAGUACAGACGAAGUAAUCGCACCGAUGUUUGUGGAACCUAUUCAGCCUCAACUCGUUGCAGAAGGAGAAGUUGUUAUCAUGGAAACACGAGUAGAAUCAUAUCCGACAGCAUCCUUCCAAUGGUUUCAUGAAAGCAAACCUCUUGAAUCGACACCACAGGUGAGAAUCGUAACUCAAGAGAAUCGAUCGAUCUUGUUGGUGAAAAAAGUUAAACCAGAACUUGCCGGUAGCUAUACUUGUCGUGCCGAAAAUGUCGGUGGCUCAGUCACUUGUACAGCCACCGUUAACAUCAUAGAAACAACAUGGGAAGAGGCAACUGAACUAAUUUCACCGACAUUCGUUAAGAGACUUUCACCUGUAAGAGUAAUGGACGGCGAAAGUGUUAAUUUAACCUGCGUCGUUGAAGGAAAACCGACGCCCAGAGUAGAGUGGUACCAUAACGAUAAACCAAUUAAAGAAGGCAAAGAAAUUACGAUUGUCCAAGACAUGGAGGGUGUAUGUAGCCUAGCCAUUACCGAAGUAUUCCCGGAGGAUGCAGGAGAAUACACUUGUCGCGCUGUAAAUCCUGUUGGCGAAGCUGUCUGCAUGUCAUCGCUCGUCGUAGAAGCCUACGAGUAUGUACCUGACUCGGAAAUUGCAUCUUCGAUCGUUGCAACAUCCCUUACCACAGGAUCAGAAGAAGAUCUUUUAUCUCCAAAAGAAACUCCUAUUUUCGACACUGAUGUAGAAGAAUCUGCACCAGAGAUAAUUAAAGCGCUUCCUCAGUUAGUUCCUACCAAAGAUGGGGAAUUAACUAGAUUGGAAGUAAAAGUGAGAGGUAAACCAAAACCGGAAGGAAAAUGGUAUAAGCAAGGCGUAGAAAUUGUUUCAUCGCAAGAAUUCCAAAUUGAAGAAUUCGAAGAUGGCACAUCGGUUCUGACAAUUGCCGAAACUUUCCCCGACGAUACCGGUGAAAUCGUAUUUGAAGCUCAUAAUGCACUUGGUGUAUCGACUACAACGGCAUAUUUAUCAGUAGAAGGUAUACUCGGAACAAAAGCAUACCGAAAACCAGAAUGGGUCACACAGAUGGAAGAAAUGCAGGAGGCUCUUAAAGCCACGCAAGCUGUCCCACGAUUUAUUCAAGAGAUAACGGACAUUUAUACGAAAGAAGGAGAUACUGCUUUGUUUGAAUGUGUUUAUUCUGGAAAUCCCAAACCAGAUGUUGUUUGGUAUAAAAAUGAUAAACUUAUACUGAACACGGAGAAUGUAAAAGUGCGGUUAUUCGAAAAAGAAAAUAAAACUACUCUAACGAUAAAGCGCGCUACCAAAGAGGAUGAUGCCACAUAUAUUUGUAAAGCUACAAGCGAAAUUGGUAUGAUAACAACAAAAGCCAAAUUGCGUGUGGAUACUGUAAGCGAAUCAAAACCAAUGCCGGACGACGUAAUCAAAGAAGAAGAAAAGCCAGACACAAAGCAGAAGAAACAAGAAGAAAAACCACAUAAAAAGAAGAAGCCUGAGCUAAAGAAAGCGAAAGAAAUCAAAGAAAAAGUAAAGGUUGAACGUAUCAAAAUCGAGAAGGAAGAAAUCCAUGAAGAGAAGCUUAUACCAAAAGAACAAAUAGAAGAAAAAAAAAUUGUUGAUAUUGAAGAGACUCAAUUAUUGGAAACUACAAAAAUCAUAGAGGAGAAACCUGAAGAGAUUUCUAGAGCACGAAGAAUAGUACCAAUUCAAGAACCAGUUGUGACUGAAGCAACAGCUUCUUUGAAGAAAAUUGAUGAUCGGAAACUUCAAGAACAUGUACCUAAAAUUGAAGAACAUGCCAAACGAAUUGUCGAAGAACGGGAAAGUGUCGUUGUAUCAGAGAUCACGAGCGAGGAUACCGCCCCUGAUUUUACCGUCGAAACAAAGCUUGAUCACGCUCAAGUAACCUCGGAAACUUUACAAAAAGUGUCGGUCUCCGAAACACAUGUAGAAACUAGUGUACAAGAAACAAAACGCAUAGAGACAAAACAGAAAAAAGCGAGGAAAACGAAAACGGAAAAGAUAAAAGAAGAUGUUAUAGUACAGGAGAUUGUAGAGCGACAGAAAGAAAACAUAGCUCGCGAAGUUGACGAAAUAAUGGAGGUACUUGACGCGAAAGAAUUUGGUCCAGGGGAAUCUCCCCUUCGGGAACUCGCGACAAUUGGCUACUUAGUUCGACAAGGUGUCUCCGUAAACGAGAUCAAUGAAUGCCUUUAUAGAACUGAAAUCUUUCCUGCUUUAAAAACGCCAGAUGCUCAGAAUGCUUUAGUACAAUUGGUAGAAAGAAAAGGUCAUGGUCCCUUAAUUACUCAAGUACUUACCGAAGAGACAACGACGGACGAGAGCUUCGUUGCAGCAACAGUCGGUUUUCGUGCUUUUAUGAGGAUGGUCGAGCUUCAGCAUGCUACUGUGGAAGAAGUCAUCACGCACUUCGCUCCGGAAGAUUUUAGGCCACGUGCUUGGGAAGUUACUGAAAUUUCCGAGAUCGAGACUGAGCAACGUGCUACAGAAAGAAUAGAUGUUGUUCGCAAAACAGAAGUUCAUUUUAUGGAAAAGAGAGACGAAAGGAAAACUACUCACGCACAGGAUAUUCGAGAAAUUAAAGAAUACGAGGACACACGCCAGGCACACACAACACUGCGCAAACGCAAAGAUAGAAAACCAAGAGAUCAAAUCGAAGAAACAACACAAGAUAGGGAAGAGGGGGUUCAAAUUAUAAAAAUCAAGGAGAUCGAGGAGAUUGAAAAGGAAAGGAAAAAAGAAGCAGAAGAAAUAGAAGAAGAGAUUAUUGAACUUGAACGCGACUCAAAAGGCAGAUUGAUUCGUAAGCAAAAACAAGAUGUGGAAAAGCAAAUAAAAGAAGAGAAGGAGGAGGAGGAGGAAGAAGAAACAAUUACAAAAGUUAGAAAGACAUUAAUACCAAAAAAAUCAGACAUUGGUAAAGAUGAGAUUCAAAUGGAAGAGAUAGAAGAACUUGAAAUAAUAAAAGAUGAAUUGUUACCAUCUAUUCCUUUGAAUGUUUCGAGUCAACGUAAUCAAGUGAUACCGCUAGAUCGUAUAAUCGAACAAGCGCCCGGCAAACCGGAAUCAGAGAAAGCAAAAUACACGUUAGACACUGUCAUCGCAUUAACAGAACAGACAACAUCAGUGCACGAGAAAGAAAUUGACGAGGUAACGAGUGUAAAGCCGACCGAACGUAAAGCCUCAGUAUCAAUCUCACCGAUAGAACCAUACUCUAUUACGGAAACUACAGCACAAAUAUCAACUGAUGAAUUUUCAGGUACAUUCAAAGCUGCUUCUUACGAGGCUACAUCUUCUAUAAUAACAAAAGAAAGUCUUCUCAUUAGCGAAACACUGACGCAUGACGAUGAUGUAACAAAUUUAACAGUAACCAGUCCAGAAAUAAGUAAAAAGGCAGAUGUGCAAGUCACCCUGCAAGAAGCCACAACUAUUAGCGAGACUAUAGUUAGCCAAAGCGAAAUACCUACCGAAGAUUUUAUAGCGCCCUUAGGCGUUACAGCAGAAGACACUAUUUUACCACAAAUAGGCCUUUCAGUUUAUGAAAUACAGGAAAAUUUAGCCGAAGAUAAGUUGGAACCUACGAAAAUGAUGCCUACAAAACCUCGAGUUAAUAUCAACGCAAUCGAACCGCUAAUGGUGGAAGAAGUUUGUCCCGAGGAUAAACCAGGGAAAUAUUAUCCGGAGUUAAUAGUGCCAACCGAAGUCGCCACUGAAAUGGUGAUUUCGCAAACGCAACGUGUCACCGAAGAGAUGAAUGCACCUGAAAAAGAAGGAGCGUACAUUCCAGGUAGAUUACCGCCGAGUCAAACGGCUCAAAUAGGAAUUUCCUAUGAAAACGAAACGGCUGUUAUACGUCAUGAUCUCGUACAAGAACAUGAAGGCGAAUAUGUUCCCGACCGUAAAGUAGAUUCUUUCGAAGCUACAUCAAACAUUACACUUUUAGAAGGAGUCACGAUAUCAACAAUCGACACUCAACAAAAAGAAGACGAUUUAACAAUUGAAGAGAACAAACAGGUCACGGCAGAUUUCAAUGUCAUAGAAAUUAUAUCAGCUGUAACAGUGGAGACAAUGACUUCCGAAAAGGAACGAGAUUAUCAUCCUGAAGAAAAGCCGAUUACUAAAUCGGCUGUUUUAUCUAUAUCUCCACUAGAAAUUGGCUCUGUAACAGAUACAGUCGUUCAAGAGUCCGAAGGAAUUUAUAACCCUGAUCAAAAACCAUCCGAAGUACUGGCGGAAACAUCGGUCAGACCGGAAGAACAUGUUUUAAUAUCUCAAGUUCAAACCGCGGAUUAUCCCGCAGAUCUGAAAGAUACACUUAAGUACGUUUCGGAAAGCGGUGUUGUAUCUGUUCAGUUGACGGAAGCGAAAACUGUACUCGAAACGCUCGCUCACGAUCGAGAAGCUACUAUGGAAGAAGAUACUAAACCGGAAACCCAUACAGUCGAAACAGUUUAUGACGCUGUCAGAAGUGUCGAGAUAACGCAAACCACUUCUAUAGAAAAAGAAGCUGACCUGAAAAUCUUUGAAAUGCCUGAAUCACAUCGCGGUAAAACAGUGCCCACUCAUCCAAUGAUUUCGCUUGAGAUUCAAGAAACUCAACCAGAAAGUAAUGUAGGUGAAAUUACAAAAGAAACUUUAUUAACCGCUACGGCUAAAAUUGAAGCAGUUAGUCUACAAGAGACAGUCGUUGGCGAGACUGUCGCGGCAGAAGAUGUAGCUCCAACAAAACAAAUUGAGAGUCUUGAUACUAAGACUGCGACAAUCUUAAUGGAUCAGAUUGAGAGCUUGCACACUGUGAUGAUUAUAGCUGGCGAAAAAGAAACUGAAUAUGUUAAAAUAGCUGAUAUUAAAGGUGCAUUUGCGAAUACUGAAUAUAUGCCACAAGUUGCUCCAGUAUGCGAACAAGUAAGAACGGAAUCACCGACUGAAGAAUACCGAGCGGAAGAUAAACCUGUGAGUGGACAAGCAUAUGCUUCUUCCGUUCCUAUAGAAACUGUCAGCGUUGCUAUGCAAGAAACCGCGGAAAAGGAAGAUAUUUACAAAGCAGACGUAAAGCCCGAAGAAAAGACAGCAAACAUUGAACUUGCAGAAGCGAGACUUGGCGCUAGCGUUCUAGAAAUAAUUCCGCACGAUCUCGAAAACAUCUACACGCCAGAUACUGAACCACAGACUCAUACAGUUGAAUCAUCCAUAACCAGUCAUACUAUCGCGUCAAAAGCAGAAAUUCUAGUAGAACAAAAGGCUGGAGAAAUAAGUAGUGAUUUACCAAAAGCAAGCAAAGCAACAUUGCAACAAGAAGCUUUGGAAGAGUUAAUAGUGACAGAAACAAAUGUCGGUGAAGCAGAACGAGCUAGAGAGGAAGAUACGCAUCCUGUGAAACAGAACGCCGCAGUUGAAAUAUGCGCUCGAUCUGAAAAAUUGACUAUUACUGAAGUAACUACUGUACUGAAAGAAGAAGAAUUAUCAGUGGAAAAAUUACCGGAUGGACGAAAGGUUAUACUGGAUGUAACUGAGGGUCAUGAGAUAGCCGAAACGCAAGAAAUGAUUCUUGCAAGCAAUGUAAGUGCAUUACAAGAAGAAAAGCCGAUUCAGGAGAGUGCUAAUCAAUUGCAAAGCGGACUAGACAUUGUACAACAGAUGGAAAUAUCCGUAUCUGAGAAAGAAUCGCUUUUAGCAGCGGAUAUAAAACCUGAUGCCAAAACAAUUAAUAUUAUCUUCCAAGAAGAAGAAAGUCUAACGGUUGCGAUUACACAUCCCGAAGAUAAAGAAGAUAUAUUUAGUGAGAAACCAGUACCAAAAACCGCCGAAGCUACGGUCGAUGUAGUAACACAAGGAAUAGCAUCGAAAUUUGAAAUUGUCAGUGACGUUGCUCCAACUGAAUUAUCUACGCAACCUACCCAAGAAGUGCAUCCUAAAACGACAUUAUUGCCAUUUGAAACAGCCGUUGCUGAAGAAGUGCAGACAAGAGAAACCGAAAAGCCUUUCCCUCAUAUGCCAGCACCAGAGAAAACAGCGAAUCUCGAAUUUGUAAUUGGGGAAGGUCUCGUUAUUUCGUCUGUGACAGCAGAGGAUAAAGAAGGCAUAUUUACAGAAAUGGAAAAACCAGAAUCUAAAUCUGCUAUUUUCGAUAUUCCAACUCAUGUAGUAGCACAAGCUGCCGAAAUAAAUGCAACCGAUAAUAUCAGCGAAUUUAAACGUGAAGAGACAAUCUCCGUAAUAGCAACGACUGAGCAUAUUACUCAUCGUAGUAUUGUUACGUCCGAAACCUCAGCCGAUGAUUCAGAACAGCCGAUGUUGGAUUUCGUAAAACCAGAUAAGAAGAGAGUCGAUAUAUCGUUCGAAGAAGAAACUAGCAUUAAUGUAACUGAAACAAUUGCGUCUGACAAAGAGCGAAAAUAUUUAAAAAAACCGGAUAUUCCCUGUGAAAAAGUCACUACUAGUUAUGAUGCUCAUAAAAUCGCCGAACUCACGGAAAUUACACCAGCUAAUUGUCCAGGAGAUCUUGAUAUAAAAGCGCCAAUGAGUGCAGCGGCAAAAGAAGAACAUUUGCCAUUUGAAAGUAUUGUUCAAAGUGAAACUAUUGUAACAGAAACCGAAAUAGAAUUUAAAGAUAAACCUGUAAAAACUAACACAGCCCAGAUAUCCGUUGACGAAAUUAUUAGCGCCAUCAUGUCCACUGAGAUUCUAGCUGAAAAAGAAGACGUUCUUCAAAUUCCUGAAAAACCAACAGAAAAAAGGGCCGAAAUUCAAUUUGCCGGACAUGUAAUUGCCGAGAAAAGUGAAGUCACUCUAGAUUCUAGCGCAGGAGAAUUGACAGAGACAAAACCGGUUUCCGCUUCAGCCAUAUUCUCAAGUAUUCCGUUAGAGACAGUAGUACGAACGGAAACACAACCAACCGAAGCGGAAGCUGCACUCGAAAAAGAUAAAAUGCCAUCCAUGGUUCAAGCUGAUCUUUCUAUGGUAACGGAACAAAGUGUACAGGUAGCCGCAAUAAUUUUAGAAGAUAAAGAAACUGAAUAUAAGCCCACAGAAGCACCAAAACUAAAAACAGCGGAGAAAAUUUUAAUGGAAACUCAUGGCGUUGCUGAAACAACAAUUCAAGUUCCUGACUUUAGCACCAGUGAAAUUGCCAUUAGUGAAACACCACUAACUGCCGUUGCAAUUCCAGAUCACGUGGUCUUUAAUCCACUACUGGAAUCACAACCCGUUAUUCAAGAAGGAGAAGAGCAAUUUGUGCCAACGCUAAUGCCAGAAAAUAAAACUGUGAAUAUUGAUAUGGAAGAAGGCAAAGCAAUUGUGAGUAUAGCACAUAUAACACCUGCAGAUAAAGAAUCAUUGUAUGUCGUUGAUGAGCAACCACAUAAACAUGCUGCUUCACUCGGAAUCGAUGCUACUACUCACAGUAUAGUCGAAACGACUACGAUAGCUAUCGAAGAUUCUGUAGGAAAAGUCACUAUUGAAAAACCGGAUGUUAAAACGAUAUCGUCUACACAAGAAGUAUAUCAAAGUCUCUUGGUGACUGAAGAUCUGAUUCAAGAUCAAGAGAAACCCUUCGAAGGAAAAUUUAUACCAGAACAACACAAAGUAGAAUUAUCCAUCGAAGAAGACAAGCGCGUUAUCUCCGUUACGGAAAUUAAAGCGGCUGACAAAGAAGCUCCUCUCGAAACGAUACAAGAAGACAGAUCUCAUUCGGCACUCUCGAUUAUUAUUCCUGGUCAUGAAGUUGCCGAGAAGUCUGAGAUAAUUCUUAACUCAAGUACAAGCGAGAUCAAUGAAGUUGCAGCACCAACAAAAGCAACCGCAUUAAUUGGACAGAAACCUUUUGAGACAGUGCAACUGACGGAACAAAUCCCUGUAGAAAAAGAAAUGGACAGAAUUCAGGAAACACCAUUGGCAAAAACAAGCGCACGAGUUAUUUUAGAUGAAAAUAGAUUUGUUGCUAUUACAGAAUCUACUACUACUCAAGAUGUUGAAGCGGAAUUUAUUAUAGAGAAACUCCGCAAAGAAGCGGCAAAUAUUUCAAUAGAAGGUAAAGAAGUAGCCGAACGAUUGGAAAUUAACUUACGAGAGGGACUCGGAGAAUUGCCUGUGGCAUUGAAACCAAUUACGCACGAAGCACAUCAAACGCAAUCUACCUUGGAAAGCAUAGACAUCAGUGAAACUAUUUCUCAAGAACAAAGCACAAUAUUCGCUGACAAAUUCAAACCUGAUACACGCAGUGCUGAAAUUAGUUUCGUAGAAGGAAAGAGUAUUACUGUAGAUCAUGUCAUUACACAAGACAAAGAAAAUAUAAUAAAUAUUUCCAAAUACGAAGAAAGUACAGCUGAAAUAAAAUUAACAAAACUUGGCAUGGAUAUUGCCCAAAAAGCUCAAGUAUUUAUUGAACAAAAUAUCGAUAUUGUUAAACCAUUUGAAAAGGUUGAGGCGGAAGCCCAUAUAAAACAGGAUGCAUUUCAACCUAUCAUUAUCGAAGAAAUUCCAAGCAUUGAAAGUGAAGAUACUUUCGAUAAAUAUCCGAAAAUCAUAUCCAGCACAGCUAAGCCAACAUUUGAAGAAGGUCAUGGCAUAUCUGUCACGGAAGUAACAUCUGGCGAAGUCGAAGUAUCAUUAGAAGAGAAAAGACAUGAAACAUCGCAAACAGCUAUCCCUACUAUAGUUACCGAAUGUGAUACGAUAGAAACUGUGAUGGUGGAAUCACGAAUCGACGUUCCUGAACAAAUACCUGAUCGUACUUCAGUACCUCAAGUGGCUACAACAGCCCAAGAAACAUUUGAGAGCAUUAUUGUUAAUGAGAAUCUUGUCGAAGAAAAUGAAAAAACUUUCGAAGGUCUUUUCAAACCUACGACGCAAAAAGCAAACAUUGAUAUAUCAGAUGUAAAACCAUUACAAAUUUCAGAAAUAAUUACUGAAGACAAGGAAGAAGCUCUAGAUAUUGUUUCAAAGCGAGCUGAAGUUAAAGCUACGCAAGACAUUGAUCUGUACCAAACUAUCGAAGGUUCUUUCGUUGAAAGUAUGCAAAGUAUCAAAGAACUUCGGGAAGAAAAACCACUUUCUUCUCAAGCAACUAUGAUUCAAACCACCGUAGAAACAAUAAUCAGUUCUGAAACAACACCCGCUGAAAAAGAGGAUACAUUUGAGAGCAAAUUCAAGCCUGAGGAACAAAAAGGAAAACCACAAUUUGAAAGUCUUACUACGGUCGUAAUUUCCGAAGUAGCUUCUAAUGAAAUUGUAGACAUUUUGCCUGAAGCCAUUGUACCAAAAGAACGUCAAGCAGAACCGAAUUUAAUGGGCAGAGAAGCUGCGGAAACCCUUCAAAUAAUUACAGCAAUUAUGGCCGAAGAUCUUGCAAAAGCUGCUAAAUUAGACGAACAAAAAGGUAAACCAGGACUUGAAGAAUUAUCGUCCGUAACUGUUUCUGAAAUCGUUUCUAAUGAGGCUGAAAACGUUCUAGUUAGUGAAACUAUUCCGAAAGAUCGUAAAGCCGAUUUCAGUAUUUCUGGUAGAGAAGCUGCAGAAUCUCUUCAAAUAGUUACAGCAAGCAUGACCGAAGAUCUUGUAAAAUCUACUAAAUUAGAUGAACAAAGAGGUAAACCAGGACUCGAAGAAUUAUCAUCCAUAACUGUUUCCGAAAUCGUUUCCAAUGAAACUGAAGACGUCCUAAUUAGUGAAACUAUUCCACAAGACCGUAAGGCUGAUUUCAGUGUUUCUGGUAGAGAAGCUGCGGAAUCUCUUCAAAUAGUUACAGCGAGCAUAACCGAAGACCUUGCAAAAGCUGGUAAAUUAGACGAACAAAGAGGUAAGCCUGGACUCGAAGAAUUAUUAUCCGUGACCGUUUCCGAAAUCAUUUCCAAUGAAAUUGAAGACGUUCUAAUUAGCGAAGUAACUCCGAAAGAUCGCAAGGCUGAUUUUAGUAUUUCUGGAAGAGAAGCCGCGGAAUCUCUUCAAAUAGUUACAGCAAGCAUGACCGAAGAUCUUGCAAAAGCUGCUAAAUUAGACGAACAAAGAGGUAAACCAGGACUCGAAGAAUUAUCGUCCGUAACUGUUUCCGAAAUCGUUUCCAAUGAAGCUGAAGACGUACUAAUUAGUGAAACUAUUCCACAAGAUCGUAAAGCUGAUUUAAGUAUUUCUGGUAGAGAAGCCGCGGAAUCUCUUCAAAUAGUUACAGCGAGUAUGACCGAAGAUCUUGCAAAAGCUGCUAAAUUAGACGAACAAAGAGGUAAACCAGGACUGGAAGAAUUAUCGUCCGUAACUGUUUCCGAAAUCGUUUCCAAUGAAGCUGAAGACGUCCUAAUUAGUAAAACUAUUCCAAAAGACCGUAAGGCUGAUUUCAGUAUUUCUGGUAGAGAAGCCGCGGAAUCUCUUCAAAUAGUUACAGCAAGCAUGACCGAAGACCUUGCAAAAGUUGCUAAAUUGGAUGAACAAAAAGGUAAACCAGGACUCGAAGAAUUAUCGUCCGUAACUGUUUCUGAAAUUGUUUCCAAUGAAGCUGAAGACAUUUUAAUUAGUGAAACUGUUCCGAAAGAUCGUAAGGCUGGUUUCAGCAUUUCCGGUAGAGAAGUUGCUGAAACAAGUCAAGUAACAACAAUGUUUGGAAUCGAUGAGCUUGCUACAGAAAAACUCGAAGAACAAAAAGGCAAAGAAAAAGUUGAUGAAUUAACUCCAUUGACCAUUUCACAGAUAAUUUCUAAUGAAGCCGAAGAAAUAUUAGUUACUGCCGAUUUUCCUACAGAAAAAACAGCACAAUCAGAUUUGUUUGGUAGAGAUAUUGCAGAAACAACAUUGGUCUUAACAAUGGCUAGUGUUGAAGAAUUUAUCCAAAAACAAGAAGCCGAGAAGCAGACAGGUAAACCUAGUCUUGAAGAACUCACGUCUUUAACAAUUUCUCAAAUUGUAUCUCAGGAAACCGAAGAUGUCCUUGCCAGUCCCACGGUACCGACCGAGAGAAUAGCGCAAACAAGUUUGUACGGUAGAGACGUAGCUGAGACUAUGGAAAUUACAACUAUAUCAAAUGUAGAUGAAUUUGUUGAAAUUCAAAAACCUGACUUACAAAAAGGAAAACCAAAUCUCGAAGAAUUAUUAUCUUUAAGUGUAACACAAACUGUAUCUAACGAAGCAGAAGCUCUACUGCCCAGCCCAGAGAUGCCUACAGAAAAAACGGCGCAAACCAAUUUAUUUGGCAGAGAUAUUGCUGAAACAAAUCAAAUUUUAACAAUGAUAAGCACAGGAGAAUUUUUAGAACAAACAUCACCUGACGAACGUAAAGGGGAGAUCAAAAUUGAAGAAUUAUCCUCGCUAACAGUAUCUCAGGUACUAUCUCAUGAAAUCGAAGAAACUUUCCAAAGUCCUAAUGUACCUAGUGGACUCACAGCAAUGCCUAUGAUGUCUGGUAGGGAAAUUGCCCAGACUUCUCAGGUACUUACUGUUGCAAAUGUUGAAGAAUUUGUGAAACCCAAAGGUCCGGAAGAACAAAAAGGUAAACCACGCUUGGAUGAAUUUUCGUCAUUGAUAGUUUCUCAAGUAAUAUCUACUGAAACAGAAGAACAAUUGCCAAGUCAAGAAAAGUUAGAUGACAAAACAGCCGCACCAAGUUUCUCAGGAAGGGAGAUUGCUGAAAAGAUUGAAAUCAUUACCGCUGCAAAUGUUGAACAAAUACCUGAAUCAAAGAAAAAGGAUGAACAGAAGGGAAAACCAGAUAUCGAAGAAAUGAGUUUCAUUACUGUAUCCGAAGUAAUAUCUACAGAAGCGGAACAAGAAUUACCAACUCAAGAAGCUCCAAAAGAAUAUAAAGCUUUACCAAAAAUUUCUAGUAUAGAAGUUGCAGAAACUUCAGAAGUUUUAACAGUAAGCAAUGUUAAAGAAUUCGUUAAAUCAGAAGCUCCCGAAGAACACAAAGGUAAACCAAACUUAGAAGAACUGAUAUCAUUGUCCAUCUCAGAAGUGGCUUUCAGUGAGGCAGAGAAACGGCUAUUAACUCCAGAGGAACCAACUAAACAAAUAGCUGAACCGAGCAUGCUGGAUAUGCAUGUUGCUGAAAAAUCUCAAGUGGUUGCAUCAUCAACAACAGAAGAGAUAACAGAAUCUACUAAACCUGAAAUGAAAAAAUUAACACCAGAACAAAUACCAUUUGAAAGUAUACAACAAACGCAAUCAAUUCCUCAUGAAAGUGAACAUUUCCUUAUCAUCGAUAAAGCAGCACCAAGCGUAAUAGCCGAAAUUUCCUUCCGUGUUUCUGAAAGCAUUGAAGUUACUCAAGUGACCGCUACUGAAAAAGAAGCAAAGGAAAUUAUAAAAGAGCUAGCUAAAGAAGUGAGCGCGCAAGCCGAUAUAACUGAAAGAAAAGUUGCUCUAAAGACCGAAGUUCUUCCAGAAAAUAUAGCGUCAGAAUUUACAGUAUCGAAACUAGAAGGUAAAAUAGCUCACACAAUAAGAGACAAGAAGCAGGGAGUAAUAGUUACCGAAUUACAAAACACAGCUGAAAUUGAAUCAAAUCUGCCUGAGUCCGUAGUACCACUAGCAAAGUUAGCGAGUACAUCUAUAGAAGCCAACUACAUGGAAAAAGUUGAGGAAACAACAGCAGAAUCAGCGCAACAACAUGACAUCACAAUUACACAACACAUCACAAAACACGAUACAACAACACAUCAUCCAACGAAUGAUUCUGAUAUUGAAAUAACUGAAGAAUAUACCACUAAAUUUAGACGUGGCAGCAAAAACGAUGAAACAGCAGCGGUUAAAACAAAGAAAACAAUAAUACGAAAAAAGAAACUAGGCGGCAAAUCUAAACAAGAAAAAGUAGUCGUAAUCGAAGAAGAACUUGAAAAUAUAAAAUCACGCUUACCAUCAAUCCCAAAGAAGCAGUUUAUGCAAAUAGAAGAAGUAGUGGGAACGACCGGAAUAGAAGAAAUAGCACCAACAAAAAUUGAAGAAUUAGAAGAUAUACCACAUAAAAUAGAAGAAACAACAGAGAUAGUAAUAGAACAGAUACCAACGACAACCAAUAAAAACGGUACAAAAUAUAAAAAAGAAAAAGAAAACAUUAUUCCGUACCAUACUAUUAUCAAAACUAAAGAAGAAAACAGCCAAAACCAAGCAAAAGAUAAAAAUAACACAGAAAAAAUUCCACAAGAAACAAUUAAAAAAAAAAUUAUAAAAAAAAGAAAACAAAAACAGCAAGUGACGGAAAAAGUCACUGUCGAGGAAAAAGGAAAAGCACCCGUCACCACGGUUACCGAAGGCCCUGAUGAGGAAAUUGUAGAAGAAACUGUUUUACCUUUACCUCAACUGGAAUUGGCAAAACCUGUCGAAGUAGAGGAAAUUCGGGAGCAAGUUACUGUCACCGA